CAUUUCAGACACGUUUUUACGGCAGAUGGAAUUUAUGACACCAUUCGUAAGCACCACACAGAGCUAGUGACUCUUCGGAGGAGCGUUUAGCCGUACUCUUCGGAAGUGAAAGCCCACGAAAGAAAGCCGCUCAGAACUGGGAGCGCAGUGAAGGACACGGCGGCAGAGUUGAUGGUGAUCCAGGGUAGAGAGUUCAUGCGAUGACAGAUAUGGACAGCUUCACUGGGCAAGGGACGUCCGACUUUGGUGAGCCAGGACUUUUUGAUCUAAUUCAGGAAAUCAUCAACGAACACUCGCCUGCCGCCCUCCCCAGGCCAUGCUCCCCUCCUGCGAACCUCUUUCUCCCUCCCCCCUUCUGCCAACCCCCCAGGACUCACCCACAGAGCUCCUCCAGGUCAAAACAGCCAGUGCUAGUGGCAAGAGGCACCGGUCACCAGCCCUUUCUACUACCGAGCGAUUUCAAAGACAUGGCUUCUGCUUCCCGAGCCUCCGCCAAGUCUUCUCGCCAUUGUCAAGGUUUGGGUUUGCCGGACCUGAGGAGCUCCGAAAGGAUCGCCUCCAAAAACAGGAGCGACACGUCUAUGCUGGAGCGGGUGCUGGAGAAGCCCAGGCUGGUGGUGGUAGAGGAGCCCAAGGACAGGGGCAUGAGAUUUCGGUACGAGUGUGAAGGACGCUCUGCCGGCAGCAUCCUGGGGGCGUCCAGCACCGACACCAACAAGACUCAGCCCACCAUUGAGAUUCAGGGUCCCAUUGAGGGUAUCAAGAAGGUCAAAGUCACGGUUUCCUUGGUAACCAAGGACCUCCCACAUAGACCUCACCCCCACUGCCUGGUGGGUAAAGACUGUCCUGUGAGUUCAGGGCUCUGUGUGAUCACACUGAACCCUCACACUAACAGACGCCACAGCUUUGCCAACCUGGGUAUUCAGUGUGUCAGGAGAAAGGAGCUGGACCUUUCACUUCAGAAGAGAAGAAGCCAAAACGUAGACCCCUUUCAAACCGGUCACUCGAAGGGCAUCGAAGAUCUGGACAUGAACGCAGUGCGUCUUUGUUUCCAGUGUGAGCUCGAGUGGGACGACGGCCACAAGGACAGCCUGAGUCCAGUGGUGUCCACAACCAUUUAUGACAAAAAGGCCACAACUACAUCUCAGCUGAAGAUCACGCGUUUGAACAAAUACAAAGAUUCCUGUUAUGGUAUGACAGAGGUCUUCAUGCUGUGUGACAAAGUCCAGAAAGACGAUAUCGAGAUCAUUUUCCGUCGCGGGUCAUGGAAGGCAAACGGCGAAUUCACCCAGACAGACGUGCAUCGGCAAAUCGCUAUCGUGUUCAAGACUCCGCCCUACCAGGACCAAAACAUCACAGAGGAAGUGGACGUCAGCGUUUCGCUGCGUCGCAUCUCGGACCAGAUGGAGAGUGAACCAGUGACCUUCACGUACCAGCCUAAGGACCUGGAUCCAUACGAGGUGAAGCGCAAAUUUAGAAUCAAGUCUGACAUCAGUUUCAGAGGGAAGUCGUGUGUAGCAGCUGAACAGCACUUUCAAAACCAAAACGCUCAGAGAUCGAUGUUCCCAGACAAACGACAGUGUUCUGACCAGCUCGUGGCCCAUGCGUUGUCGGAGACGUGUUUCCACAUGCAGCAAGACUCAAGCGACUGCACAGAUGACACGGCCUUCGUGGAGCAGCUGUUAUGGGAUAUGCUCGCCAACGAUGAGUCCCUGGAGCAGGAGCUCUCCUCCCUCGCCGGCAUGGAGACAAACUUGGCCAGCAUGGACACAAACUUUAUCCAGAACUCGGGCAUGCUCACGCAGGACUUCUGCCAGAACAAUGAUGUGCAGUUCAACAAGCUAGUGAAUGAGAGUCAGACCGUGAAGUCAGAGCCGCAGGACAGCGUGACAAACGCGUUGCAGGUGAAAGAAGAGGAGACACUAGAGGACUUUAGAGGUCUCUGUGAAUUGUUGUAGGUCAUUUUCUGUGUAGUGAAAGGUCAAAGAAGGUGAUUCGCACACGGUCAGCUGAAAAAAACAAAACACCUGUCUUAGAUCAGUAGAAAUCCAUCAGCGGACAAGAUGGUGUCAGGUCUGCAUGAUCUGUUUUGUUCGCUGUAACACUAGUCUAAACCACUUAACCACAUUAAACAUCAGAUUUUUUUCCCCCAAAUCCCUCGCUUGCAUCUUGUUGUGCAGUUUCACCCUUCUGCUAUUUCAACAUUCCAUUUGUCACUCGUGCAACUGUGCCCUCCUGUUGCCAGGGCAACGAUGUGUAAAUAUUAAAAGAAAGUAAAAAAAAAAAA